UAAGAACAGAUCGGUCUCAAAGGAUCUCUCAAUGGAUUCUGGGGUUUCGCUAGAAGGUUUUGCUGCUGAGUAUGCUCGUGAAAAGAGCCUUGAGGUUUCCCAAAGACUAAAAGAAAUCAUGUCAACAGAAACUGCAGAUGCAAAGAAGAUUAUUGAAGUGAAUUUGGCGAUAAAGAGCAAUCAGCCUUAUUAUGAGUUACCAAUAACCAGAGAUUCUGAGUUUUCUUUGGGUACAGAUGACACUUUAGGUAGUUAUCUAUCGGAGAAGUUAAACCCACCAAAACCAUUAUCUGAGUAUGUUAAGACUCCUAUCCCAACCCACGAAAGAAGUGGUCCAAGUUUCCUCAAAACAAAAAAUCAUCGUCGUUUGUCAUUUAUGAAUAGAAGCAAAAGCGUUGGAAAUAUGACUGAGGCUGAGAAAAUUCAUUCGGUAAGAUUUGCUCCUUCUCCAGAUUUUAAAUUAGAAACAAAGAAGUCAAAAGGUAAGGAAGAUGAAUCUCCUGAACAUUAUGAAGAUAGCUAUAAUGAUUUUAGUCGUCAACCUCAAAAAUCGAUUCUUCAAAACCAAAGUGGUACAAAUCAAAGAGGAAGAUCGAUACUUCAUAGAUUGAGGUCUGUAUACUCCAAGAAAUAAUUAGAACCUUGUUAAUUGUUAAAUAUGUAGGGUACAGUUCUCGGGUAAAUAGUUCGCGGAAAUGUGUUUUUCACAAAAUGU